GACGUAGCGCCGAGGGGAACUUCCGCGUUCAGUCUUCGCGCGGUGUUUUGUUUUCUGCGUCCCAUAAAUUAUGGUAAAAAUGCUGCCUUGACAUUUUAUAUUUAAUGUUUAUGUGCUCGUUCUGAAUUGAAGAGACCGUACGGAUAAAAACGUUAGCCAUGUAGCUAGCUCGGCUGGCAGGUUGGUUGCCAUCCAUGGAGAGAGUGUCAAAACCAUCCGUCGGGCGAGAGAAGGAGCUCUCUGUCGGUGUGAUGUCUGACAUUCUGUCUCUACCCUCCUACAAAGACUACCCCGCAGGGCGCCCCUUCAUCAACACCUCUCUACCCUCCUACACACUCACAACUCGCAACACACACACACCCUGCCAGACACUGUCCAGCAAGGCAUUCCCAGAAAGCAGCAGUGCAGCGAUCCUGUCUGCUCUGAUGAACCUACAGGAGAAGAUCAGGAAGCUGGAGUUGGAGAGAGGCAGAACGGAGCGGAGUUUACACAGCCUGGAGAAAGAGACCUCACGCACUGCCCUAAGGAGUGACACACACACACUGAGAGACACACACAAACCCACAGACACACACGAGAGAGAGACCAGCAACCAGUCAGAACCCAACCAAGUGUUAGUGACUCAGCUGGCUGCAGCAGAGGCUCGCUGUAAGCUGUUGGACAGACAACUGGAGUACAUGAGGAAGAUGGUCCGCAACGCAGAGGCCGACAGAACAACCCUGCUCAAACGCCAGGUUUCCCUGGAGAUGACCAGGUCUGCUGCUCCCGCCCCUGACUCCGCCCACCAGGCCCAGUUAGAGAAGCUGGAGCUACUGGAGCAGGAAUACCAGAGACUGACCCGCACACAGAACCACGCAGAGAGGAAGAUUCAUGAGUUGGAGCUGAAACUGCUCCAAGAAGAACACCAGAGGAAACUGGUCCAACACCAGGCCAACCAGUUACAGACAGGUCUGGAGGCCAAUCGUAUCCUGAUCCAGUCUGUGUCGCCCCGCCUUCCCAAAGACAGAAGUACAAUCAGAGAGAAGAAACACCUCUCCAAGAAACCUGUUCUGCAGCAGACCUCACACACACAGCCACACUACAGACUGAGCCUAGGAGACGUCCCAUUUGUAGCAGGGAAGUCUGUAGGGUGCAGUCACUCGGUCAGGGCCAACGUCCAGUCUGUUCUCUCCCUGCUGAAGCAGCAUCAGCCCCAGCUAUGUAACGCACGAGUCCUCUCCCACACCCCUCUGGCCCAGCCAGCCAAUGGCAGCAGCUCCUCCUCUUCCUGUGGGGAGGAACUAUCAGACCUCCUGCUGGCCCUGCAGGAUGAACUGGGACACAUGAGUCUUGAGCAGCAGGAGUUGGUGCGGCAGGCUGAGACCUGUGUGUGUGAGCGGGAGAGGAGAGGGGUGGAGAGAGAACAGGAGACUCUACUCAGGAGAAUGGAGAGAAAAGCAGAGCAGAUCAGCAAGCUACGCAGACACCAAGCACAGAUGAAGAGGUUUAGGAGAGAUGCUCGUCAGAGGCAAAGUGGAGAGGUGAAGGUGACCACCACAGUGACCACGCGCGGUCGCUCUGCCGGGGCGGUCAAGGUUCGACCGGGGGACCGUAGCAGGAAAAGUCUAACACUGCUCAGGGACAUGAAGUCCCUGCAGACCUCGCUACACCCCAACCAACCACAAUGGAGCUACUGACCACAACAGGACAAACCACAAUGGAGCUACUGACCACAACAGGACCAACCACAAUGGAGCUACUGACCACAACAGGACCAACCACAAUGGAGCUACUGACCACAACAGGACCAACCACAAUGGAGCUACUGACCACAACAGGACCAACCACAAUGGAGCUACUG